AUGAGUCAACUACCUCCUCCAAACGUCUUGGAUGCCUUUGGUCUAGAGGGCCCUCUGAUACACGUCCCAGGCGGUCGAGGUCUUUGCUACCAAACUUCGCAUGGCAUACUUCUCCGACCUUCAGACGAUGACAAUGAAUCUGAAUACAUCGCAACCCUUUGCAAAUCUCUGUUUGAGCUUCAUCCUGUCGACUACCGCGUUCCUAGACCAAUACAGGCUUCAGAUGCGAGAUAUGUUUGUGAUGGUUGGACGGCCUGGGAAUAUCUUGAAGGGAAAGCAACUCCACAGGAACAGUUUGAUAUUCUUAUGAGGGCUUGCCGUGCCUUUCAUGCUGAUGUCACGCGAUUGCCUGUUGAUAGGCCCUCUUUUCUGUCUACGAGACAGAAUCGAUUUACAGAGGCAGAUCUUGUGACUUGGGAGGAAAAGAAACUCGGGGAUGUCGACGAUGUCAACAGCGAUGUUAUGGCUACUAUUCAACCAAUUCUUGACCAGCUUCUGAAGUUACGACAGCCAUUUCGACAGGAAAUCAAGAAUCAGCUCGUCCACGGUGACUUGACUGGGAACGUCUUGUUCAACUCAGAAACCAACAAAGCUCCGGCAAUCAUUGACAUCACACUUUACUGGCGACCUGCUGAGUAUGCAGAAGCUAUCAUAGUAGCAGACGGACUCAUCUGGUUAAAUGGAGAUCGGGAGUUGGUUGAAAUGUUUGGAACCGAUCAUACAAGGGUGCAGCUCCUCUCAUCAAACAGAAUGGUCGGUGUUCCCAGCAGCCGCGGCUGCAACUCAUGUCGAAAGGCAAAGAAGAGGUGUGAUCAAAAGCAACCAAAGUGCGGCCGCUGUAUCAGACUUGGUGAUGAGUGCGUCGGCAGUGGGACAAGACGCUUCAAAUUCCAUCAGUACAAACCUGAUACACAGACUACACAGCUCAUCACGCCUCCUGCUGAAACACCUAGCAAUGAUACGACUAGACUGACUGCAGAGUUCAUAUCGCUUAUGGAGAUUGAUGAUGAUCGGUUUGGUUUUGAAGCAUAUGGUCCUUAUUUCUUUGCAGAUCUUCCUCGACGUAUGGGCUCGAAUUCUGCUCUUGAUACUACUACUUCUGCCAUGAUAGCAUCAUUCCAAGCAAUACGGCUGCGGAAGACUGCUGACAAGAAAACCUUUUCUCUUUAUGGGAAGGCGUUGAGAUCCUUGCAGGGCUGUUUGAGUGAUGAAAAUCAACCAGUCAUGCUUAAGCUGGAACUCGUAUUAAUGAUGAUGCUAUGUCAGGUCUGGCUUGACAACAAGCAUGCCAAUAAACAUCGAGGGGUGAUAGCCUACUUGUUGAAAGAAGCUGUAUCUCAAGGCGAGAUGCUCCACUCAGGUGAUAUACGAGCCUGGUGUUUACAAGCGAUAUACGCCGCUCUAUGUGACCCAAAGGUCGAGCUCGGGUCUUGGUUCUGGGACGUAGCCGUCCAAGAUACUAUCAUGACACGGCCAUACCACUACCAACAGAACCUCUACUGCUUCGAACUCGGAGCAAUAGGGGAUUUACCCGUCUUUCUUCGAGACCCGGAGAGAUAUCUCUACCAGCUGAAAUGCUACUACAAUAUUCUCUCUCAAGAACGACUCGUGAUGAAGAAACUCUACGAAGAAGCCAUGGUGGCAACACUCCCAACGGAUGCAUCGCCUGCGUGCAGAAUGAAGGCUAUAGAGUACGCCUCCGGCCACGCAGGUCUUCUCGUCCAAGCAGCACUCAUCGGCCCGACACUCAACGCCUUUGGUGUUCUUCCAGAUUACAAACAAGACUCUCACGAAAUAUGCGAUGAUGCAGUACUUCUCGCCCAUCGAUGUCAGACAUUCAGACCAUGUGGAGCGUCCUACGUGCCUGAGCUCUUGAAGUUGGUUUGGGCGUCAUUGGACGAUGGAUAUAGACAUGAGGAGCUGGAGAAGUUGAUGGAUGAUUAUGCUGAGGAUGUUCAGGGUGCGAGUUAUCUUGAAGAAGCGAAAAGUAUGAGAAAGAGGCUUGAUGGUCUUGGCUGGAGCAAUGAACAACGGUUUUUGGAGGAGAGGAAUGAGGAGUUCGAAACACCGCCACCGUGUGUGAUUUUGUGA